UUCAGUUUUAGUCUAUGGUGUAUCCUAUCCAUCCGUGAUCAAGUUCGACAAGAAAAGAGAUUUUCUUGAAUUUUGAUUCACAAUGUCUGCGUGGGCCACGUUAAAUCGUACUGUGUUCAAGAGAACCUCCACCUUCUUCCUGGCUGGAGCGCUAGGCACAUUCUUCUUCGAAAGAGCCUUCGAUGUAGGCUCCGUAGCGCUAUUCGAGAGCAUAAACAAGGGAAAACUAUGGAAGGACAUCAAGCACAAGUAUGAAUGAAGCGAAACAACAAAUCAUUAAAAUGUUUUAAUUUAUUAGUUAAUUGUUAAUUUUACUUGAAUAAAUUGAUUAAUGUCAAGUUA